AGCCAUCUUCAUACUCACAGCCGUGAGAACGUGAAAUCUUACUAAGAACCGUACAUCUCAUAUUAAGAACAGUAAUGGCAGCCACGCUGUUAAUUGAUAGAACGGGAAAGAUCAUUCUUAGGGGACUGUUUGUUGCAGAAAGGUAUAUACAGUCUGACAGGGCAGAACAGCAGCAGUGAAACAAUUUCAGCAGUUGGUGACUCUGACAAUGAGGAUGUGGACAUCAGCGGAUGUAACACGGGAUGGGCUGAUGCUAUGUCCCGAGUUCUUAGGUCGAAGAAACCUAAAAAAAGCCGGUCUGUCGUCUUGUCUAGAGCCAAGAAGUUGAAUGAUGCAGCCAAAACAGUAAAGGAAGAAGAUACAGAGUUAGAGGUAGGAGACAUCAAGCCCAGGAUUUCAAGUCUGAAUGAACAACGCUCUAGAAGGAAGCAAGAGCAGAAGUCCAAGUGCAGAGUAAAGCCAAAUAUUCUGGACCAUGACUAUGAGAGAAGGCUGAACAGGAUUGCAACCAGGGGUGUGGUGCAACUGUUUAAUGCAGUACGCCAGCAACAGAAGAGUCUGGAGUGUCAGCUGAAGGAGGCCGGUAGUUCAGAGAGAAAGAGGGAUAAAGUAAUGAAGUCACUGGACAAGCGAGCAUUCAUCGAUAUCCUGCUGGGCAGUUCUCGCAGUGAACCUGUGGACAGUCCUGUGAAGUUAGAGGCUGAAAUUAAGAGGGAGGAGGAGGAGGAACAGUACAAUACAUGGCAUGUCCUGCGUGAUGACUUCAUGUUAGGAACAGCUCGACUUAAGGACUGGGACAAGACUGAUGCACCCACGUAAAGACUGAGUGGCUGCAGUGUUGUUAGUUCUUCAUGAAAUUAAAUGUUGUAAAUUGUUCCUAAAAUUCAUGUCUGAAGUAUUUCAUUGCAGGUCAAUCUGGGUUAAGGGCCAGAAAGUGUAAGUUUUGAAAAUGUCUGUUCCUGUAUCAAAAAAGUCUUUGAGAUAAAGUUUUUAGAGAUUUUA